UCUCUUCUUCUCGUUCUCCAGCGUCUCUGUUUUCAAUUUAGGGUUUUUCGAUUGUUGUGAGUUUGUUUCGGUUACGAAGAAGAAGAAGAAGAAAGAGUCAAGGUUGCAUUUUUACCAGAGCCCAUGGAGAAGAAACAAGGGUUUUUCUCAUCACUCAAAGACGAAGUCGUAAGAGGUCUCUCACCAUCUCGUUCCAGACCACGUUCUCGUUCCGCGAGCCCGUCACGCUCAUCACACCCGCACAUGAAAGCUCUUCUCUGGGGCAGAAAGAAACUACUCGCAAGCUCCGGCGGCUGCAGCGGCGGAGGAGGUUUUUACUUGCCGCAACCAGAGGCCUUGAUUGGGAGAUCCGGUAGUUUGAGACCCGUGAUGGAAGGUCCUGAUCCAGACAACGGUGAAAUGUCUGGUGGGGAUUCGAAACGGCUCGGGUCGGGUCUUAGUCAUUGGGUCAAAGGUCAGUGGUCACGUGCUCCGUCCGUGACCUCUGCUCCGGCUUGUCGGAAGUCUGAUUUGAGGCUGCUCCUCGGCGUUAUGGGAGCUCCUCUCGCUCCCAUUAAUGUCUCUUCCUCCGCUCAUCUUCUUCGUCUCACCAUCAGCGAUUCUCCCAUUGAAACAACAUCUGCACAGUACAUUUUGCAACAGUACACGGCGGCUUGUGGUGGUCAGAAGUUACAAAACUCCAUUAAAAACGCUUAUGCUAUGGGUAAGCUCAAGAUGAUCACUUCAGAGCUUGAAACUCCUACGGGAACUGUUAGAAAUCGAAACUCUACCAAGUCUGAAACUGGAGGUUUCGUUCUCUGGCAGAUGAAUCCGGAUAUGUGGUAUGUUGAGCUCUCUGUUGGUGGUAGUAAGAUUCGUGCUGGCUGCAAUGGGAAACUCGUUUGGCGACAUACUCCUUGGCUUGGUUCUCACACUGCUAAAGGACCGGUCAGGCCUCUUCGCCGUGCACUUCAGGGACUUGAUCCGAGAACUACUGCUGCUAUGUUUGCUGAAUCGAAGUGUGUUGGAGAAAGGAAGGUGAAUGGUGAAGAUUGUUUCAUUCUGAAGCUAUGCACUGACCCUGAAACGCUAAAGGCGAGGAGUGAAGGACCAGCAGAGAUCGUAAGACACAUCCUCUUUGGUUACUUCAGCCAAAGAACAGGCCUUUUAGCUCAAAUCGAGGAUUCUCAGUUGACCCGAAUCCAAUCUAACGAUGGUGAUGCUGUUUACUGGGAGACAACAAUCAAUUCGUCUCUAGACGAUUACAAACAAGUCGAAGGGAUCAUGAUUGCUCACUCUGGACGCUCUGUUGUUACCCUCUUCAGAUUCGGGGAAGUGGCUAUGAGCCACACUAGGACGAAGAUGGAAGAAAGGUGGACUAUUGAAGAGGUCGCUUUUGAUGUUCCUGGUCUGUCUCUAGAUUGCUUUAUCCCACCGGCUGAUCUUAGGUCUGGUUCGUUAUCUGAAACCUGCGAGUACUCGGGUCAAGAGGAGAAAGGGAAGAGCGCGAUCGUGUUGGCGGCAUCAACAGCUCAUAGAGCUAAAGUAGCAGCCUUGGAGAAAGGAAGGUUCCACGAGAAUCCGGUUUGGCAUAUCGACGUCUGAGUUUGGUAGGGAAGAUGCAAUCUGUGCAUAGUAAAUGCUUAUAACAAAACUCAAGCCUUGGAAAUCAAACUAACUAACCCCUUUUGUUUAACAGCUCACAUAUUAGGAGUUUGAUUACAACGAUUGGUUUAAUUCCAGUUUCAUUUUGUCCUUUC